UGUCGAUCUUCUUUGGCAUACUUUGACUGAUUGAUCAAUAUUUCUUCUUUAGUCUGCUUUACUUGUAAUCCCAGAAAGAAAUUCACAUGCCACUCAAACCCACCCUAAUAGGAUCAAAUUUUCGCGGGUAUCCGCGGGUAAAUUGCCAUCCCUAGGAGAGAGAGAGAAGUAGCGCAAGUUCUAGAGAGCAGAGAUAGCAAACCCAGCUACAGGAACUAGGCUAACAGUUGUAGAGAGAGCAAGGGAAAAUGAGCAGCAUAGGCACAGGCUACGAUCUGUCGGUGACGACAUUCUCGCCGGACGGCCGAGUGUUCCAGAUCGAAUACGCCGCCAAAGCUGUUGACAAUAGCGGCACUGUGGUUGCAAUUAGAUGCAAAGAUGGCGUUGUUAUGGGAGUGGAAAAACUGAUUGCUUCGAAGAUGAUGUUACCUGGCUCUAAUAGAAGAAUCCACGCCGUUCAUCGCCGUUCUGGCAUGGCUGUUGCUGGGCUGGCAGCAGAUGGCCGACAAAUUGUCACAAGAGCAAAAUCUGAAGCAACUAACUAUGAAAGUGUGUAUGGUGAAGCGAUUCCUGUGAAAGAACUUGCGCAACGCGUAGCUAGUUAUGUGCACUUGUGCACACUCUAUUGGUGGCUCAGGCCUUUUGGCUGUGGAGUGAUUUUGGGAGGUUAUGAUAGAGAUGGACCGCAGCUGUACAUGGUCGAACCAUCUGGAGUUUCGUAUAGAUACUUUGGUGCUGCCAUUGGGAAGGGCAGGCAAGCUGCUAAAACAGAGAUUGAAAAGUUAAAGCUUUCUGAGAUGACAUGCCGACAAGGGGUUAUUGAGGUGGCCAAGAUUAUUUAUGGAGUACACGAUGAAGUGAAAGACAAGGCCUUUGAAUUGGAGAUGAGUUGGGUUUGUGACGAAUCCAACCGUCAGCAUCAAAAGGUUCCGGAUAAUCUCUUAGAGGAAGCUAAAUCAGCAGCUAAAGCUGCACUUGAAGAAAUGGAUGCAGAUUAGUAGUUGUUUUUGUGAUAUAUGUUUUUGGUUUUUCAUUCAAGCCUCUCUUUUCUUGGAACAAAUUCGUGUAAUUUGGUUAGUAACUGUACUAACAUGUUGCAUAUUUCUUGAUUUUUGUUCAGCAACGCCGUUGUUCCC